AAAGAAGACAGGUGUGCACCAAAACCGAACACUAGGAGACAUUUCCAAAUGGGUUCGUCAGCACCUGUGGCAGCAGCAGCAGCGAGUAGAGUGACCCAGCUUCAGCCCGACCGGCUUUACCUGUACAUGGAGACCCCCAGCUGGGCAGGAAACACGUUGUGUAAGUCAGGAAACAUUGCUGUCUUCGGGAACGUGGUGUACAGCGGACUGCUGAACGAUCACCUCUGGCAUUUGGGAGUGCCCCUCUUUACAAGACUGGGUAACCAAGAGGCCACUAAUCCCCCAGAAGCGAUGGCCCAGCCGUACACCCCAGCCCAGUACCCCCCACCCCCACAGAAUGGCAUCCCCGCAGAGUUCGCAGCACCGCACCCACUUCCAACGCAGGACUACAGCGGGCAGAGCCGGGUCCCUGAACACGCCAUGACCCUGUACACGCCCACACAGACGCACAGCGAGCCGGCCGGCAGUGACAACAGCACGCCCGCCAUCACCGCCGCCACGACCGCACCGGUCAGUGUCCUUCAUCAUCUGCAAACACUGUUCUCAACACGCUGUCAGCAAACAGAUGAUGUGACGCAAAUAGAGGGCUCUCAGCAGCUCCAGCUCCAGCACUCAGACUCUUCAGAGAAGCAGCAGCCCAAAAGGUUACAUGUCUCCAACAUUCCCUUCCGCUUCCGGGACCCUGACCUAAGGCAAAUGUUUGGGCAAUUUGGAAAGAUUUUAGAUGUGGAGAUUAUCUUUAAUGAGCGAGGAUCCAAGGGCUUUGGGUUUGUAACUUUCGAAACAAGCACAGAUGCCGAUCGUGCGCGGGAGAAACUAAAUGGUACAAUCGUAGAGGGACGCAAAAUAGAGGUGAACAACGCAACAGCACGAGUGAUGACAAACAAAAAAGUGGCCAACCCUUACACGAACGGCUGGAAGCUGAAUCCAGUGGUGGGAGCUGUCUACGGCCCUGAACUGUAUGCCGUAACAGGGUUUCCCUACCCUGCCACAGGCGCUACCGUGGCCUAUAGGGGUGCCCACUUGCGAGGUCGAGGGCGGGCCGUGUACAACACGUUCCGCACAGCUCCACCCCCACCACCCAUCCCAGCUUACGGAGCGGUGGUGUACCAAGAUGGCUUCUAUGGUGCAGAGAUCUAUGGAGGAUAUGCAGCAUACAGAUUUGCCCAGCCCGCCACCACCGCUGCUUACAGUGACAGCUAUGGCAGAGUCUAUGCAACGGCAGACCCCUACCACCACACGAUUGGCCCCGCAGCCACAUACAGUGUGGGGACUAUGUAAAUACAAAAGGAAGAGCUGUACUCAGUAUUGAUGGACAUCACAGAUGAAAACAACGAAGGGAGGAGAACUAGCUUUAAGAAAAUAACACAAGAAGAAGACGAGAAGGAGUCCCUCUACUGAGGCUGGCGAGGGAAGACGGGAGGCGUACAAAGUGGCGCCGCGGCAGCGGUGUCGAACCAGCCACAAACUUGACAGACGGAGUGAGCCAGUUUCCACCAGGGACCACCUUUUUGCCGUGUAGAAAAGACAGAGAGAGAAUGAAAAGUGUCCCGUUAUUAUAAAACAUUUUAUUUUUCUAUACUUUUGUGAUUUACAAUGGUAAAAAGUGUGUAUAAAGCAGUAUAUAUGUACAAAUCUGUUUUUAUGUUUUUUGCUAAGGGAGAUGAACAGUUGGCCCUUGAUGCUGAUUCUGUGGUAUGCAGGAAGGAGGAGGGAGGAGCCCCCCCUCCUCUCUCUAUGGCACACUGCUCUGUCGCAGAGGUCGUGUAAACAAAAAACAGAAUAAACAAAAGGAAAGGUGGCAGGGAGAGCUCGGCAGCCAGAAGCACUUUCUACGCUGUACUUCCUGUGGGCGGAGUCAAAGGUCAGCCUGCUGGUCUCACUGCUCUGCCCACUUCCUUCCAACCUCCCUGACCUCCUUCCUUGCUUUCUCACUUCCUUUUUUCGGGCUGGUGAUGUCGCUCCUUUCUCCUUGUUGCGGUGUCACUGGCCCCGCAGCGCCUACUGUUAGCAGCGUCCCCCGUGGAUACUGUCGUGAUGUCACUUUCUCCUGGCAGCACCAUCGGGCAUCCCCGCCCUCCCCAAUGGGCAGCGAUUUCUGGUUUACAGCGUUGGGGAGUGGGGGGGUGAGCCACGGCGGGACGGUGAGACGGUAUAAAGCCGAGCCCCCGGUCUGCCCCUCUCCACGCCCCAGCAGAGGUCACUGACUGAGGACUAGUUAGAGAAAAUGGCGCAAAAGUCGCCGACUUUACUCACCUGCCAGACUCCGAGCCCAAGCCUUUGUGUCACUCUGCACCGACGGACAAGCUAUCAGACUAACGAUGGAAAAAGGUGCGUACAACUACCAAGGAUGCACGUUUCCACCUGACGAGAAUAACUCAUCAACGUCCAUGUAACAAAUUGAAUUAUAACCGAAUAAUCCCAUUGUACUACAUCAGCAGGUGCAUAACCAAAACACAAGCCUGAGGCAUAUAGACUAUGUCGCUAGAUAAAACAUUAUAGAAAUACAGUAGUGCCCAUCCGACGGUAACAAGGAACGAGGGCUGAAAUAUGUCAAAUUGUUUGUCAAUGUAUUCUGAGAAUAUUUAUUUGUGUGUUUCUUUUUUUUUUUGCAGCACUGAAAACUUUUAAAGAGGAAAAAAAGUUUUAAUUUGGUGGAGGCGAAACCUUAAUUCUUUAUAUCAGAAGAGUCACUGUAAACGUGUUUAAAAAGAAUGUUGGUUCAGUUCUUUGAAUGUACAUUAAUGUCUAGGGUGUCCAAUAAGUAUGUAUUCUUUUCCUGUAUAUAAAUAUAUAUACAUAUCUAUUAUAUGGGCUGUGGUGGUGUCAGGGAGUAGAGGGGGUGGGCAGGAAACGCCUCUGGCCCCCGAACAUAGAUAUCAGACCCCCUCCAACUAAAUAUGUCCCUGAUAUUUACUGUAACAUGUGAUCAUGUGUUAUAUGAUUGAAAGUGUGAUGGUGAUAGUGUGAACUGAUCUUCCCUGAACCCCCCUCCCCCCCUUUACCACACAGAUAGAUUUUACAAUAAUGCAGAUUUACACAUAUCUAUGCCCCAUCUAAUGCAAGACAUCACAUCCUGUUUUAACCCGACAGACACUUCAGGAAAAAACAUCUGAAGUCCUUCCAGCCCCCCCUCCCCCCACCCCUCCCCCCCUUCAUUGGAGGCUAGGAAGACUUGCUAAUUAGCGCAAGGUGUUGUGGGUGUCAGAUAAAAAGUUUAUGAAUAUUGAUUUUUCUUUUCUUACUUGAACCAAAGUAUGAUUUGAACACACAGUCUCGGUGCUCUUUGAUCAGGAGGCAGCAAGACUGUGUGAUGACAGCGGAGCCCGGAUGUGUAUUGACGUGACCCAGAUUUCAUUGGCUCAUCAGGGCUGAGGAAGAGCUCGCUGUAUUGCGAGGAGCCCCGCUGAUGAAGCCCAGUUUCCUGCAGCAGCCUCGCUGUUCUCCUGCUGACCCUGGUGGGCAGGCUUUUAUUGCAUAUUGGAGAAAAAACCUGCUUGCCCUGAAAAGAAACUUUUUUUUGAUCAGAGGCGAGCAGGUUCGGGUGAAGCACAACUUUGUUUGAGAGUUCAGGGUACACUACUUAGCUCGUAGUGGUUUUGUGUGAAUUGUUCCGAGAAGGCAACACUAGGUUUAAGCUGCUGACUUCCUGUACAAAACUGCAGUGUGUACUGUUAAUAUCCUGUGCAGUAAAUCUCACCUCACACUUAACUUCAUCUUAUUUCAGGUAAAAAAAAAAAAAAGAAAAACUUGUUCUGAAUCAGGGCUUCUACCCACGCGACCUCUGUUCAUCUGUGGACAGCUUCUCAUAUAUUACAAAGAGUAUCUAUAUCAUGGCAACUAACUGUUGUGAAGUCUAAUUGGGGUAAAGUCGGUCAUUUGUUCUCCCAUGCAGCGAUCACAUUCAGGCUUAGCAUUUUUUAUACCUGUAGGUUUGUUUCUGAGAGUCACAUGAUUGGUAUGGCCUACUUACUGCGCUGGUGGUGGGUCAGAACAGACUCAGGGGCAGGCUGGAGCUUUACUUUGAAAAGGAACUUCCUGGGGGGGGGGGGUCAAAAUAACUGACAGAGAUGAAGAACCACAGCUUUUAAUUUUUAGCUUAUUACCAUUGAUUUGAUUUUUGUUCACUAAAUGAUCUAUGCACUUUGCAACAAAACAGUAAUGAUGUCACAUGUGAAGACACCACUGUUACCUACUUAUAAGCUAGUAGUUCAUAAAUUAUAUUAUAUAUUUUAUUGUUUAAAUAAAUCCCAUAAACAGACCGAAACUGACAAAGUGUUGGGUUUGUCUCUCAAAACGUUCUGACUUCCUGUUUCCUGCCCUUAGCUUCCAGCCCAUUGGUUCCCACUAAUGAUGUGUAUAUUUUACAAUAGAUGCAGUUUCAUUCAAAAAAGUUUGGAACUGUAGUUUUUAAAAGCCUUAGAGAAGUAAAUAUGGCAUUUUUAAGGGACCAUUAUAAAUAAUAUGUCCUGUGAUGUAAAUGACUCCAAGUAAGCCAGAGCUAAUGGUUGAUCAAACAGAUUUCUUUAUUUAAAAUACUGUCAUUUGUUUUGGGCUCUUGGGACAGAAGAAGUAAAAAACUAACAAAAAGUAUGUUUUUUAUUGCAUUACUGUAUGAAAAAAUAUUAUUGUGUAAGCAUUCCACAACUACAGCUCCCAUGAGGCGUUGUUGGUGCAUUACUGACAAAGGCUUAAUCUAAAAGAAACACACCUGAGAUUGUAUUGCCUUAUAAUGUUUCGUGGGACGAUGUGCAACCUGUUUACCAUCAUACUUUAAUCCAUUGUUGAUAUAAAAAAUAUAUUUAUUGGUGGUAUUUAGAUGUAUCCAAUCGAGCUAUUUAUUCUGGCUGGUCUUCCAUGUUAGUGUCAGUGGUCAGGUAUGGUUUGGAUUUAUAAUUUUUUCAAAUGUGGUUGUUUAUCUCUGCUCCUUUGCAUUUUAAACUUUCUGCGUCCAGAGAGGUUCUGCCUUUACAAACAUGUGAGUCUGUCUAAAGCUCCAGCCUGCACCUCAGCGGGGACAGACGGUGUUAAAGAGACCCUCCCCUCUGAUGCCUUCAUUAUACUGUAAUGACCUGGUCCUGAUCUUCCUGAGCACAACUGCUUGAGCUGUGACACUAGCAGGAUGUCCCGCCUCCCCCCGACCCCCACCAUACCUAGCCUUCUAGUAUGUGAGUCGACUGGCCCCUUUUGUACACCUGGUGUUCUGUACAUAAUAACCUUCACCCCUCCUUACCCCUACCCCACCCCCAGCUGUCCUUUCAGGGGGAAAAAGAUUUAAAAAAA